CUAUUGGGAAUUGGAAGCGUCUGAUUUCGAUUUCCUGUACCGUCAUUCACUGACCAUGACCAUUGUCUAUUGCAUCGCCUAUGUGAUUGUGUUCCUUGUGGGUCUGGUGGGCAAUAGCUUUGUCAUAGCCGUUGUCCUACGCAUGAGGAAUAUGCGCACGGUGACGAAUUAUUUUAUUGUUAAUCUGGCGAUAGCCGAUAUUCUGGUCAUAGUCUUUUGUUUGCCGGCCACAUUGAUGAGCAACAUAUUUGUACCUUGGAUUCUGGGCUGGCUUAUGUGUAAGACGGUACCCUACAUACAGGGUGUAUCGGUGGCGGCAUCCGUUUACAGUCUUAUUGCUGUUUCAUUGGAUAGAUUCAUUGCCAUCUGGUGGCCUCUACGACAAUUGUCGAAAAGUCGAGCUCGCUUUAUGAUUUUGUGCAUUUGGAUUAUUGCAUUUGGCACCACCAUACCGUGGGCCCUAUACUUUGAUUUAGUACCCGCCACCGAGGCAUUCCCAGCUGCUCCGGAUAUGUAUCUGUGUCAAGAGGUCUGGCCACCGGGCACCAGUGGCAAUUUGUAUUUUUUGUUGGCCCAUCUGAUGGCCUGCUAUGUCGUGCCCAUGGUAUUGAUAACCUUGUGCUAUGUCCUAAUCUGGAUUAAGGUGUCAACGCGCUCCAUACCUGGUGACACCAAGGAUGCACAAAUGGAUCGAAUGCAGCAAAAGUCCAAAGUGAAGGUUAUCAAAAUGUUGGUGGCCGUGGUCAUAUUGUUUGUGUUAUCCUGGCUGCCGCUUUAUGUAAUAUUUGCUCGUAUCAAAUUUGGCGGAGAAAUUUCCAUGGAGGAGAGUGAAAUCUUGAACAAGGUUACACCGUUCGCUCAGUGGCUGGGUUCAUCCAAUUCGUGCAUCAAUCCUAUACUCUAUGCAUUCUUUAACAAAAAAUACCGACGAGGUUUCGCUGCCAUUAUUAAGUCACGGUCCUGUUGCGGUCGUUUAAGGUACUAUGAGAAUGUGGCCAUAGCAUCAUCCACCACCAGUACCAGCCGCCGUAAAUCAUCCCAUUAUCACAAUGGAUCACGCAAAAGUCCCAGCAGUCCUGGCCUACGAAAGACCAAUGCCGUGUCAUAUAUCUACGAACACAACUCGUUGCGGCGCCACAAUCUAAUGUGCAAACAGGAUAGCAACUUGUCGCAGCAAAUGUUGUUGAAACAGGACUCGCAUGGUUCGCGACAAUAUCUGGUCAAACAGGAGAGUGCCUCCAGUGAUGGCUCUCGUCGGCUGUUGUGUCAACAGGAUAGCAACGGCUCAAAGGUAUCGCUGUCGAAGCAAGAUUCUGUGGUAUCCUACUAUUUGGAGAAUAAACGUGCUGGUCACAAUCUUCAAGAUUCAUUUGCAACACAGGAUUCCAUAUCGGUUGAGUCACGUCGCAAUACAAUGUCACGUGCGAAUGACAAUGGCAGUGGUACGCCGGCAGUUGGUUCGCUAUUGGAACAUAAACGCCAGAAAUUUGUUAAACAAGAUUCGGUUAUAUCGUUUGUGGAUCAGAGGCCAGAACCCCGUCGUCAUCAAUUGGUCAAACAAGAUUCCGUUAUAUCUUUUGCCGAUCAACGUCGUGGUCUACUAAAUAAACAGGAUUCCAUUAUUGGAUGCUCUAGCCGGUCUGGAGAUGGUACUGGUCAUCAUGUUUCGAUUCUUAAGAAAACCGAUUCACAGCUUAGCAGCGGUAGUUUUAGCUCACCAAGACGUAACAUUGAAAUUUACGAAUAA